GUCAGUUUGGUCUAAACUAAGCCUUGACUAGAAGGCUCUAGGUACCUAAGCCGAUUAGACGGUUAGAAGAGAAACUUCAAAACUUUCAGUUUGGCAACGAAAUGGACCAAAAUUCCCAGAAAUUACAAAAUAAAUUAUUUAGGUAGGAAUUUACUAGUUUUGUGCAGGUAAAGAUGAGUAUGCUGUGAUAGACUGAAUAAGUCAUUAAGUUAAUGCCCGAAGUAAGCAUUUGGAGAACCUAUACAUUUUCUAAUAAGCACAUUUAUUAAUGUUGAAAAAUGUGUGAGAUAUCAAUGAUAUUAAAUAUUGGACGAAUAUUUUUCAAAUGAACAACAAUGCUAACAAAAAAAAGGAAUUUUCCUUCUUAUCAAAUUGGAAACAUCUGAAAUGAAUAUCGUUUCACUACUGUUCAGAGAUUAAAGAUAAUUUUUUUGUUUUUUGAUGAUAAAUCAAUCGUUAUACACAAUAACAUAAUAUAGCGAGCAGAGCAGAAAAAGUGAAAAUAAUUUCUCUUCAGAAUAAUAAUGAAACAAAAUUUGUAGAAAUUAUGUCCAGUGUGGAUUUCAUGACAUGAUUCAUGAAUAGAAAGAAGAACAUUUGAAAGAAUAAAGAAAACUUCAUUACACACAGAUCAAUAAAGUGAAAUAGAUAGAUACAGAGACAAUGAUUAUAUAUCUACAAGUUCAUUAUUAAAAUUUACAAAUAAAACACUAAAAAGAGCCGAGCAGAAAAAGUGAAAAUAAUUUCUCUUGAGAAAAAUAAUGAAACAAAAUUUGUAGAAAUUAUGUCCAGUGUGGAUUUCAUGGUAUGAUUCAUGAAUAGAAAGAACAUUUGAAAGAAUAAAGAAAACUUUAUUACACACAGAUCAAUAAAGUGAAAUAGAUAGAUACAGAGACAAUAAUUAUAUAUCUACAAGUUCAUUAUUAAAAUUUACAAAUAAAACACUAAAAACAUUGAAAACGAUAACAAAAUAGAACAGUAUUCAUCACUUACUAUUCAUUUAUGAAAUGAAUUGUUUAGACACAACUGACAAGACUAAAUUUCUUCUACGCCAUAAAUUCCUUCCAUGUUGUCCAAUAAUAAUCUAGAUUCCUCAUCGCCCCAUCCGGAUGCUCGUAGUUGGUUAAUUAUUUGAUCUUCAUCAAUCCAUACCGUUAAAAUCGGUAUUUGCAAAGAUUGAUUCCUCCUGCGUUCAAACCAGACUACGAGGUACAUCAAUAAAAUGACACUAAAGCACAUCAACAUAAAAUCGCCAAUACUAUGGCAGCGUAGGGCCAUAUUGAUAGAGCCAACCGACUCCAUUCUUGUCAGAGUUUGAAACUGUACUAAAAGGCUGUUGUUACCUAAACCUCAAAAGUGCACUCAGGAGAGAAACUUCGAAACUUGCAGUUUUGUAACGAAAUGUCAUAGAAUUCCCAGAAAUUACAAUACAAACUGUUUAGGUGGGGAUUUACUUUAUUUGUGGGGGUAAGGAUGAAUCAGGUAGCUCAGGUACACUGAAGUCAUGAAGUCCCUACAAUUAUCGAAGUAAGGAGUUUUUUCACCUAAAAGUUUUGCGAUAAGCACAUUUCAUUAUGGACCAGAAUAAGAGAAAACCAUUCUGGUUCGCUCUUGCAGCCAGUGUGUUCAACAGGAAGAUGUACAAAGGACCUUUCCCUAUUUACUGCGAACCUGUCCGCAUGUUUCUUUUUUACAAUCUUUUCAAAGGGGCAAGUGACUUCAAAGUAGAUAAUACCCCAUCUGAGGAAACCGUAAAACCAGCACCUACAAAAACAGUACCAAUGAGUCAAAGUGAAAUAAAAAAAACGUCGCCUUUCGUAAAAAUAAAUCUUUGGGACCCUAGACAGGCUGGAAUUCUGGAGACUGUUCUCUACCUAAGAUACCUAUUGAGGGAUGUUAACGAGGAAAAAAAGAAGCAUGUAGAAAAUACUGAAAAAAGGACGCCUGAAGAAAUUGAUGUAGACAACCAAAUGAUUCUUAUGUGUAUGAUGCCAUAUUGUUAAUGUGGAAGAUGGCUUUUACUUGUUAUCGAUGAUAUCUGAUAUUCAAAUAAAGUCGACAUUUUAGGAUUUGGGCUCUUUUUUACUUCUGUUCAGAGUGCAAUGAAUGCCGAAUGGAAAAUCCAACAUUCAUUCAGAUAUUACUGACAUCAUAAACUCCUGUUAAUACCUAUAACUGAUGUUUUGAUUUGCCUAAAUAUGAUUUUGUUUCUAUCAAUUCAUAUUGUUUAUUCAGCUCAAUUUUACUGAAAAUUCUGCAGAUUGGAAAAUAGCUACUCACAUAGCGGCAUUAUUUACAUCUCUUUGUAUUUAUUUUCUGUAUUCUGUUUAUUGACAUUUUUAGAAUUGUAUACCUAUCUACUUGAUGAUUGGAAGAUCUGA